AUGUCCAGGCCGGACUUAAGAGGAUCGGCGAGUCCUGCGGCCGUUCCAGACCGAGGUGUUUUCCUCGACAAACUACGACUGGACGUUGACACGCUCUACCAGCUAUCGUCUCGCCUGUCGUCGUUAUACCAGAAGAUCGCCUCAACCCCCUCCAAGCAGUUUUCCCCAACGGCGAUCACCAGACUUCCUACGGGGUAUGAAACCGGUCGCUAUCUCGCGGUCUACGUUGGGUUGUCGUACUUGAGAGUGGCCUUCAUUGAUCUUCUCAAAGAUCAACCUGUCCAGGGACAGUCUCGUGUCAGAAGAACCUUGGAGAAAGCGUGGCCCAUCGAAGAGCACCUGCGACGAGAUGACGCCUUCAACCUGUUUGCGUGGAUUGGAGACUGUAUCGCCGAAGUGGUAGCCGAUAGCCUUGAUAAUCCCACGGAAAGGCUGCCGAGCGAAUUGACUACAGGAAUCUCAUUUUGUCUGCCUCUUGAACAAAAGUCACUCGACGAAGCCAUUCUGAUGCCCACGGGAAAAGGGUUUGUCUUGAGUUCGGAUUUAAACCUUCGUCAGGCCUUGCUGCGUGGGUAUGAACGCCACACGCGAAGCUUUGAUGAAGAUCGCGACAGGCCAGGCCCGGCCAAAAAACGGAAGCUUUACAGUCUACCUACGCUGAAAAUUGCAGUCAUGACCAACGAUACAGGUGCAACCCUUGCUUCGCUAGCGUACUCGAUUCCUUCUCUGCCUAAUACCCGCGUUGUCAUGGGCUUAAUUGUUGGGGCGGGAUGCAACGCGACCGUCCCCUAUCCCAUAGCAGAUCUUCAUGAGUCGAAGACUCGACAUCUCCGCUCUCAGGAUCCGGACGCCGUGCAAACGCUGGUAUCCACGGAAUGGACACUGUCGAGCGCGGCGGCUCCCUUAUAUGAGCUGGGUAUUCUUACCACUUGGGACGAACAACUAGACAAGCAAUCUCAACGGCCGGGGUUUCAACCAUUUGAGUAUAUGGUUGGUGGAGCACAUAUUGGCGAGCUGGUUCGGAUCAUCUCCUAUGACUGGUUUCAUCGAAUUCGAGGAGUUCCGGCAGCCGAACUUCCCCUGAAGCUUGUCGAAGAAAGGUCCCUCCAAACGGACUUUCUAUCUUUGGAGGUCGCCUCAACUCACAGCGAUGAAAGAUUAGCAACCAAAUUAUCAAUACACAUUCCUCCUCCGGGAACGAGCAGCUGGACAUGGACGCCAGAGUCGGCAAAUGAUCUCCGUGCUAUUGCAGCAGCAGUGCAGGACCGCGCAGCCUCAUUAGUGGCUUCUGCGGUGAUCGGACUUCUGGUCAGUACCCGCGAGAUCCGCCUCCAAAAUGUUGAGACUCGCAGUGCCUCGAAUAACAACGCACGACCGAUAAACAGCAAUGCUCCCAAUAAUUCCGGCUGGAAACACGGACCCGAAGAACUGGCGGUGGCAGUCUCGGGCGGUGUUAUCCAGCACUAUCCAAACUAUAAAGCGACCGUACAAAGAUAUAUUGACCGACUCAUCUUGCGCGCAGGACCGCAAGAGGGAGGCAAAAGUGUCUUUCUUCGUGAGGUCAGCGAUGGCGGAAUUAUUGGGGUUGGUGUUUUGGCGGGAAUGGCUUCGGGUGAGAUAGGGGAGAUCAUCUGCGGGUCAUUAGAUCGAGACAACGAUUUAGGUGGUGAAAAAGAUUCCUAG